AUGGCCGGUUUGUGCGCCUGUUUUCUGCCUUGCUGCCUUUUCGGUCGAACCCAAUCCCGCCUAGAAAAACCGCAUGAAAAGCCCUCGAGCUUCAAUGGCAUGUGCUGCGGCUGGUGCUGUCUUUCUAUGGUCGGCUGUUCUUGCAUUCUGCAAGGUCUUCAACGAGGUCGAAUGCGCGACCAAUAUGGUAUCAAGGGCUCCACCUUUAUGGACUUCUUGGGUGCAGCGUGCUGCCCUUGUUGUGGGUUGUUACAGGAGGAAAAGGAAUCCGUCAAACGGGUAGAGUCUUCCGGCUAUCAAGCUCCACCGGCGAUGACAUACGCAUAA